AUGUACCUGUUGAAAAUGAACACUGAUGGUGAGAUAGUCGGAGGUGAAUGGCUAUACGACUCGAACGACAAGCGCCCGGACUUCUUGUGGUUUACAAAGGGAAAACCAGCGUUAACUGUUUUCACCAGCUUUGGUCUGAGUUUCGCUAAUGUGACCGUGUUGCUCCAGAAGGCGACAGCAUGUUUGGAGUCGAGAUAUUAA